AUGGCUCCCAAUCUUGCCAUUUUACCUCCCUGGUGGCCUUCAAUUACCUCUUUUUCUGCAAAAUAUCAUUCCUCGCCUCCAGUUAUAGGCCCUGAAAUGAGUGAAAACUCUGGCGUCCAGUUUAUGGGCGCCAGGACCAAGAUCACCAAGAACUCAGCUAACGACAUUCCUAUUUCUCUCAGCGAACACAUCGUGAAAUGGCGACAGAUAACGAUAGAAGCGGCGAUGCCGCUUGGGAGCAGCAUUUUCACCCCCCGCCGCUCCAACUCUCGAUCUGAAUCCACCCGCUUGCCACCCACAGGACAUCGAGAUGGAUUCGACUACAGACGGCCGGUGAUGCUUUCGCCUGGAGAUAACGACGUGAUCGACUUGACAGAUGACCCAGACACCCUUCCUCAACGAAAUGUGACAUCAUUUCCCGGUCCUCUACAUACUCCACAUCCGCACCGUCCAAGGUUACGGUUUCCACGAGAUUUGAUGAACCAAACGCCCCCUGUGGCUGAUCACCCAACUGUGAUUGACCUGGAAGCGGAGACAACAGGUGAUUCGGUAGACGUUUCGCCGAACAAUGGAGAUGUUCAGAUUAUUGGCUCUUCCUCCGUCAGGCCAAGACCAAUAGAACCAAGAUACCUGGACAACAAUGGUAUUCCAAUGUACUUUCGCCCUCACAUACAGCCGUCAAGAAGAUCAGAACAUGGACGAUCGAGAGGAGGGGUGCCGGCGCCCGCAAGGUCGUACUUCCAUACCGAGGAGGACCUACUUUCGUUCAUGUCUGAUACGCUUCGCUAUUCAGUACCUAGCUUUGACUAUAAUCCACCUAGUCAGCCAACGCCCCGGCCUCGUCGAUCAUCGUAUAAAGGGCUAGACCCAGCGCCGGAAGGAUUCACUCGACUUUUGGCAGAAGAUGACGUGCCUGUCUGCCCGAACUGCCAGGACGAAUUGGGAACUGGAGAGGGGCUGAAACAACAGAUACAUAUUGCAAAACCAUGUGGCCAUGUCUAUUGCGGCGAAUGCGCUGGGAAUCGGUCCAUCUCAAAGUCCAAAAAGGCAACUUCAAAGACCAGGCCUUUCUCAAAGUGCCAGGUUGCAGGUUGUAAUAAACCCGUAAGCAGCCCAACAGCCAUGUACCACCUUUAUCUGUGA